GCUCUCUCUGUAAAUAACUACGAUGUUUUCUUUAACUGCACUCUGGCCUUUACUCAGAGAGAGUGGAAAUCCUGAUGUUCUCCCUUUGCUGCCAGACGCUUACAAAUAUCACAGUUUUGAUCUAAGAGAGUGGAUAUGGCCCCCCCCUCUCCCCAGGACUCUCAACACCCACCACCUCUAUAAAAUCAGAGCCUCUUCACACACUCUCUCACACACAGACCUUCACACAGACACGACCAGUUCACACACAAGCUUUCAGGUUCCAGUGGAGAUGAGCAGCUCGACGUCUCUCCUCCUGUUCUCAGCCUGUGUCCUACUCGCAUGCUCCUCAGCCCAGAGCAGCUGCAGCAACCGAUGCGGAGAAGCUUAUUUCCGAGGCAACGCGUGUCAGUGUGAUUACGAGUGUCUCUCGCAUAAAGAGUGCUGCAAAGGCUACGAAGAUGCCUGCACUUCAAGAGGAUCCUGUAAAGGCCGAUGUGGAGAGAGCUUCAAGAGAGGGAGACAGUGUCACUGUGAUAUUGAGUGUAUUAAAUACAACCAGUGUUGUCCAGACUAUGAGAGCCACUGCAACACCGAGGAAUCCUCAAUAGAAGAAGAUGACUAUCUCGAGGGGACCACUUUACUGGACUACACGCAAACCGAAGAUGCUAAAAGUGGUAGCAAACCUUCUCCUUCUGACGUUGCUGAGCUUUCGGACCGACAUGAAAACUUGCCUGGUUUGGGAACGGUGCCAAGUUUAACUGAGGACCCUGAAUUACCUCAGGUUAACUUUAAACCCGAGCAGAUUUCUCCUAACAGCUCAGAGACUACCCUGACCACGAGCCCAACACACCCCAUGCCUGCAUCUCAGCAGAAUGUAGAACUCUCCAAAGAACCCCAAAACACUGAUGCACCUGCUUAUCUUGAAAUAACAAAAACCCCUCCCUCCGUCUUGGAACUGGAGGAAUUUUCCAACAGCACCUCACUUCCCACUGAUCGUCUUCGGAGCGCCUCGAUUAGACCGAGUACCCCACCAACAGCAAACUAUUUCAGCACGUCACCCACCGCUCAGGCCGAUAAUCCAUAUCCUACACCUACCAAACCCAUCCAAUCGGAAGACACGCAGGACCCAGAAAGUCCACCAGAGGCUCAGUUCCAUCAGAGUAAUACCACAACCUUAGAAACAAUGGGCACGGUUUUAACAGACAAGCCCAGCGGUGCUGAAGAAUUAGAAACACAAAAUGGAAACCAGGAUACAAAGGACGUACUUUCUACAAAGGGUUCUCCAACUCCCCCUACCUUGAUAGAAAGCACCCCCACUGCUGUGACAACAAGCCCUUUUCCAACUAAACCACAAGACUAUAAACUCAAUCUUCAAGAUCCUCAGGAUUAUCAGGCAGACACCAACAGCGACACUAAUCUCUGCCAUGGGUCUCCAGUGAACGGCUUGACCACGCUCAGGAAUGGCACCGUCGUGGUUUUUCGAGGUCACUACUUCUGGAUGCUGGACUCCCGAAGGAAUGCCGGGCCUGCCCAUUCAAUCGUUGACUUCUGGGGAAUCCCUUCUCCUAUUGACACGGUCUUUACCCGCUGUAACUGCCAGGGCAAGACCUACAUCUUCAAGGGGGACAAAUACUGGAGGUUUGAAAAUGACCUCAUGGACACCGGCUUCCCCAGACCCAUCAGUGAGGGAUUUGGACUUGGGGGUCGCAUUGUCGCAGCUUUAUCCAUGCCGCAGUACAGAAGCAGAAGGGAGUCGGUGUUAUUCUUCAAAAAAGGAGGACUGGCUCAAAGGUAUACCUACCUCAACACACCUCACUGUGGCAGCAAGUCCACUGCAAUUAUAGUCAAGAAGAGAUUCAAAAAGGAAGCAGUCCCUGUGCUGGGUGCGGAGAUCGUCAUAAACAAGACGUGGGUAGGUUUCCCCUCCACGGUGACAUCAGCUGUGUCAGUACGAGCCACGGGAGGAGACGGAUACAAAUACUACGUGUUCUCCCUCACCAAGUACUACAGUCUGAAGCUGGAAGGUAACACUCCAGUCAUUCUCACUCCCAAAGCUGGACGAGAAAAUCAAAAAUCAGCCAAAAGUUGGUUUAAAUGCCAAGAGACCAGUCAAUUCAAAUAAAACUCAAGCCUGAGUGCAAAGAUACUCUACACUGUGAGUGCUUUCAGGCGCUGCAGUAUAAGAAGAAAGGUUUUGUGUGUUUUUGUGAAGUAUGCCGCUUGUUUUGCUCGUAUGAGUUUCCUGUCCAGUGUUUUAAAUAAAAAAUAAAAAUAAAAAAAGCGAAACUUUUUUUUUUUUUAUCAAAAAACAUCUUUAUUGUAUUCACAUAAAAGAAAUGGAUGCUGUAGGUUUAGG